GAUAAUGUAAUAGUUCAGAAAAUUUGAAUACCAACUAUACAAAUUCCUAAAAUUUUGAGUGUUAAAAAUGAGAAUGAUCCACAUUUUCUUUAUCCAGUCUUUCCCUUCCCAUCCUACUAUAUUUAGAAAGCCUCUUACACUUUACACAAAGCCAUAUAUCACCAUCAUCUUCAUUCAUUAGUUCCUUAGAUUUCUUCAACCAUUAAUAAUAAAAAUAGUAUGCUAUAAAUCUAGAAGAGAACAAGAGUAUGAUGAUGAACUUGCCUUAUUUCUUAGUCAAAUAAAUGUGUAUCUUCCUUCUUUGCCUCCUAAGCUGCUCUUCUCAAAUAUAAUGGAUGCUGUGAAAUAUCAUGAGGAGUAUAUCAGGAACUCAAGGGGAGUGCAGCAAUUCACUUGUAGAUGGUUGCCAUUUUCUUCACCCAAAGCCUUGGUCUUCCUUUGCCAUGGUUAUGGCAUGGAAUGCAGCGAGUUCAUGAAAGGAGUUGGAAGCAGGUUAGCAACGUACGGGUAUGCGGUGUUUGGUAUUGAUUACGAAGGGCAUGGAAAAUCAUGGGGUGCACGAUGUUACAUUAAAAAGUUCGACAACAUUGUCAACGAUUGCAGUGAAUUCUUCAAAUCCAUUUCCAGUAGCGAAGAGUACCGGGGGAAGAAAAGGUUCUUGUAUGGUGAAUCCAUGGGAGGGGCUGUUGCCCUUUUGAUUCACAAGAAAGACCCUUCUUAUUGGCAUGGUGCUGUUCUUGUUGCCCCCAUGUGUAAGAUAUCAGAGAAGGUGAAGCCACAUCCGCUGGUUAUAACUAUGUUGACCAAAGUCGAAGACAUAAUACCCAGGUGGAAGAUUGUUCCAACCAAAGACGUGAUUGAUGCUGCUUUCAAAGAUCCCCUCAAACGAGAAGAGAUUCGUGGUAACAGGUUGAUAUACCAAGAAAAGCCAAGGCUUAAAACUGCUCUAGAAAUGCUCAGAACUAGCAUGUGUCUUGAGGAGACCCUGAAUGAGGUGACAUUGCCAUUCUUUGUGUUGCAUGGAGAAGCAGAUAUAGUAACCGAUCCAGAAGUAAGCAAGGCAUUGUACGAACAAGCAAGUAGCAAAGACAAGACCAUAAAAUUGUACCAAGGAAUGUGGCACGGUUUGACAUACGGUGAACCCGAAUCUAACAUCGAAACCGUUUUCGCCGACAUCAUUUCGUGGCUCGACAAGCGAUCAUCGGUGGCGGACGAGGAGGAUCACGAGCUCCUGCCGCUGCCAGAAGGAGGCGCUAACUUGAUCAUCCACAAGUUAAACGCCUCGGCCCAGGCAGCGGGGCCUUUUGUUGAAGUUGAUGGGGUAGGAGGAAGGGAGAAGGGGAAAAUAAGAAGAAAUGGACAUGGGAAUUACUUGUGUGGUUGGAAAGGACGUCGGAUGCAUCAUCAUUCUUCCAUGUAGCAUUAUAAAGUUUAAUUUUGUUCAUCUUUCUUUACAGUUUGUCGAUUUGUCCAAAAUAGUUCGCCUGGUGAUAAUUGUGGUAAUGAUUUUGAGAAGACCGAAAAGGUGUCGAAAUUAAGUAACAUUGGCAAAAUGGAAGGGGACUAGAAGGGGAAAUGAAGAAAUGGUCAUUGUUUGUGUUAGUAUUUUCUCCCUUUGUGAUUGGAAAUUGUCCCCUUCAGAUGAUCUUCUUUGGUCUUUGAGACCGUCGCAUAUAAAGGUUUAAGGAAUGGACUUAUGACUUAUCAGCCCCACACACACACACACACACACACACACA